AUGGAAGUCCUUAUUGAGAAUGUCAUUCGGCUACUGGGCUGUUUAACUGCUAAAGAGCUUGACCUUCUUUGCAAUUUCCAAGAUGAUUUGGAGACUCUGGAGAGGAAAGUCACUGGAAUUAAAGCCGUGCUUCAUGAUGAUGAGGGAAAGGCCACGAAAAGUGAAGUGAACAAUGAUUUGCUGCAAAAGCUGAGAGAUAUGGUGCUUGAUGCCGAAGACUUGUUGGAUGCCUACUCUGCUGAGGAGCUAGCAAGGAAAGUGAUGACCAAAGAUAAAAUGGCGAAGGAGGUACGCAUAUUCUUCUCCAAAUCAAACCGACUUGUUUGUGCGCAUAAAAUGGGUCAAAAAAUUAGGGCAAUUGGGAAGAAAAUAGACGAGAUUUACGAUGAGAAGAAUCCGAUCCGAUUGCAUGAGAGCGUUUCGAGUACUUCGAAUGAGCCUCAUGAAUUGAGACGAACCGACUCAUUUGUGAGCGACCAAGAUGUUGUCGGGAGAGACAAGGAAAGAAGGGAUCUUGUUAGGAUCCUUUUAAACCCUGAUGUGAAAAAUGAUGUCUCAGUAGUUCCCAUAGUUGGGAUUGGAGGAUUGGGGAAGACGACAUUUGCUCAACAAGUGUAUAAUGAUGUGGCUUCUAAAAAUCAUUUUGAGCCUAUGAUGUGGGUUUGUGUGUCUGAUGAAUCCCAUCAACUUUCCAAUAACACGUUAGCUCAAAAGAUCAUUAAGCAGGAAAAAUCUGAUGAUGCCCUCAAACUAUUAAGAGAUAAAAUUAUGGAGAAACGUUUUCUACUUGUGUUAGAUGAUGUUUGGAAUAUUAAGGAUCGUGGGGAAUGGCUUAAAUUAGAAAACAUAUUCAGGGCUGGACGAAAAGGGAGUAUGAUCAUUAUCACUACACGGAGUAUGGAAGUGGCGCAAACAAUGCACCCGCAUCCGCCUCUUUUCUUGAACGAUUUGGAUGAAGGUAACUCUUGGGAGCUAUUUUGUAGAGUCGCUUUUUGGGACGGGAAAGAACCUGAUGAUCACAAGUUGGUAGGGAUUGGAAAGGAUAUUGUGAGAAAAUGUGCUGGAGUUCCGCUUGCAAUAAGAGCCAUUGGUAGCAUAUUGUUUCACAAAGCGUUAGAAGUGAAUGAGUGGUCAAAUUUUAGGAACAAUAAACUUGCGAAUAUAGAUCUUAAGGAUAAUAAGAUCUUUUCUAUCCUUAAACUUAGUUAUGAUCAUCUUCCCCCCCAUUUGAAAAAGUGUUUUGCAUUUUGCUCUUUGUUUCCAAAAGAUUACGAGAUUGAGAGAGAAACACUAAUUCGGUUGUGGAUAGCUGAGGGGUUCAUUCAAUCUUUGGAUCAAAGGAAGUGCUUGGAAGAUGUUGGUUAUGAGUAUUUCAAGCAGUUGUUGUCGAGGUGCUUGUUUCAAGAUGUGAAGAAAAAUAAUUUUGGUGACAUAUGGUCCUGCAAGAUGCAUGACCUCAUACAUGAUCUAGCACAAUUAGUCACUAAAAAUGAGUGUUACAUUGUCACAAGUGAAAGAAUAGAAGAAGAGAAAUUUGGUAAUGGGGCUCGUCAUAUGUCAAUUCAUUUUGACGGUGCCUGGAAGUUUCCACUUGGCAAUGCCAACACCAAAAAAAUGAGAACAAUUUUGCUCCUACAAGGACAUUUGGAAUUUAUCUUGAGUCAGUCUUCAUCAAGAGUUUUUAAUCUAAUUUGUAGGCCUACAACAUCACUUCCAAAGCGCUUACGUGUAUUGGUUCUUGUAGAUGAAGAGUUGGAAAUUCCAGAGAGUAUUGGAGACUUGAAGCAUUUAAGAUAUCUUGAUUUAAGUGGGAAAGUUAAACUCAAGAAGCUCCCACGAGGAAUCACCAAGUUGUAUAACUUGUUGACCCUGAAACUUAAAAAUUGGGUAUCUUUGGCAUCACUUCCAGAGUCCAUUGAACAUCUCACAUUAUUGCGAUCUCUUGACCUCUCCAGCUGCACUUUUUUGGCAUCACUUCCAGAGACCAUCAGAAAUCUCACAUCGUUGCAAUCUCUUGACCUCUCCCGCUGCACUUUUUUGGCAUCACUUCCAGAGACCAUCGGAAAUCUCACAUUAUUGAAAUCUCUUCACCUUUCCAGCUGCACUUCUUUGGCAUCACUUCCAGAGUCCAUCGGAAAUCUCACAGCAUUGGAACGUCUUCAUCUCUCCGACUGCACUUCUUUGGCAUCACUUCCAGAGUCCAUUGGAAAUCUCACAGCAUUGGAACGUCUUCAUCUCUCCGACUGCACUUCUUUGGCAUCACUUCCAGAGUCUAUCGGAAAUCUCAUAGCACUGGAAUCUCUUAACCUCUCUAGCUGCACUUCUUUGGCAUCACUUCCAGAGUCCAUCGGAAAUCUCACAGCAUUGAAAUGUCUUCAUCUCUCCGGCUGCACUUCUUUGGCAUCACUUCCAGAGUCCAUCAGAAAUCUCACAGCAUUGAAAUAUCUUCACCUCUCCAACUGCACUUCUUUGGCAUCACUUCCAGAGUCCAUCAGAAAUCUCAGAUUAUUGCAAUCUCUUGACCUCUCCAGUUGCACUUCAUUGGCAUUACUUCCAGAGUCCAUCGGAAAUCUCAAAUCAUUGCAAUCUCUUUACCUCUCCAACUGCACUUCUUUGGCAUCACUUCCAGAGUCCAUCGGAAAUCUCAAAUCGUUGCAAUCUUUUGACCUCUCCAGCUGCACUUCUUUGACAUCACUUCCAGCAACCAUCGGAAAUCUCACAUCAUUGCAAUCUCUUUACCUCCAUCACUGCACUUCUUUGGCAUCACUUCCAGAGUCCAUCGGAAAUCUCACAGCAUUGAAAUGUCUUCAUCUCUCCGACUGCACUUCUUUGGCAUCACUUCCAGAGUCUAUCGGAAAUCUCAUAGCACUGCAAUCUCUUAACCUCUCUACCUGCAUUUCUUUGGCAUCACUUCCAGAGUCCAUCGGAAAUCUCACAGCAUUGAAAUGUCUUCAUCUCUCCGACUGCACUUCUUUGGCAUCACUUCCAGAGUCUAUCGGAAAUCUCAUAGCACUGCAAUCUCUUAACCUCUCUAGCUGCACUUCUUUGGCAUCACUUCCAGAGUCUAUCAGAAAUCUCACAUCAUUGCAAUCUCUUUACCUCCAUCACUGCACUUCUUUGGCAUCACUUCCAGAGUCCAUCAGAAAUCUCAUAUCAUUGCAAUCUCUUGACCUCUCUAACUGCACUUCUUUGGCAUCACUUCCAGAGUCCAUCACAAAUCUCACAUCAUUGCAAUCUCUUGACCUCUCUGACUGCACUUCUUUGGCAUCACUUCCAGAGUCCAUCAGAAAUCUCAUAUCAUUGCAAUCUCUUUACCUCUCUGACUGCACUUCGUUGGCAUUACUUCCAGAGUCCAUUGGAAAUCUCACAUCAUUGCAAUCUCUUUACCUCCGUCACUGCACUUCUUUGGAUUCACUUCCAGAGUCCAUCGGAAGUCUCAUAUCAUUGCAAUCUCUUUACCUCCGUCACUGCACUUCUUUGGCAUCACUUCCAGAGUCUAUCAGAAAUCUCACAUCAUUGCAAUCUCUUGACCUCUCUGACUGUACUUCUUUGGCAUCACUUCCAGAGUCCAUCGGAAAUCUCACAUCAUUGCGAUCUCUUGACCUCUCUGAUUGUACUUCUUUGGCAUCACUUCCAGAGUCCAUCGGAAAUCUCACAUCAUUGCAAUUUCUUGACCUGUCUGACUGCACUUUGGCAUCACUUCCAGACUCAAUAAAGAGUCUGACAUCAUUGUGA